GUUAACAGGGGGGUCGUCUGUUUACCAUAAAUGUAGUGUGCCAUCGACUGGUAACCAUUGUUUACUUUUCGUACUGGGCUAAGAGGAUUGCACCGGAUUUUAUUUGCCGCUUUAAAUUAAAUAACUUCAAACAUUUGUGUGUAUUUUGACCCGAAUAUGUGGAAGAAAUCGUUAUUUAAUGGCUCAGCGUUUUUUCGAUGUGAACAAAUCGGUGUAAUUCUCUAUCGGGACCAUGUGGAGCUGCUUCAUUAACAAAGUUUAAUCGAUUUUUAAUGGACGUAACCCAUACGGUGUCAAUCAAGACGAGAGUUUUGGAAUGGAUAACAACGGGUACGCAGUGGACUUUUACGGACACACGCUUCCACCACGCCCGGUAUACGAGUUCAAUGGACCUCCGGUUCGUUACAUACAUCGCCGGAGCUCUUACAGCGACAGCAGCUUAAGAAGCGACGGCCGUCGCUACACGGUAGAGAACCCGCCUGAUGGUGGCUAUUGGGCCUGGAUUGUCGUCCUUGCCUGCGCAGUGCUCCACAUCUGCAGCGAGCUCACCUUUUUUGUAUUUUACGACACCCUCGUGAUCGCCCAUGUGCGAAAUCCGCUCCUGAAGGGGUUACCUAAGGACACCUACACGGAAUGGAUGGUGUUCGAGGAUGUCCGAUUCACGGGAGAGAUCGUGGCCGCGUUCUUCUCUGUCUAUUUGGGCUACCGAGUGGUGGCGGUGGUUGGGUCUGCCUGCGUGCUUGGGGGAUUCUUGGGCGCCUCCUUUGUCACGCCUAGCAAGGAGAUUGAGCUUAUGGGAUUCCUGGUUGGCUUCCUGGGAGGUAUCGGCGUAUCGUUUUGGCGGUUUGCGGCGUUCGUUGCUAUCAUGGAGUAUUUCCGGCGACAUCGGAUGGCCGCUAUCAUCCUAUCCGGCUUCGGGCGCGUCAUCGGUAUUUUCAUCGGUUAUGGCAUCCUCUCCAAGCCUCUACAGGAAUUGUUGGAUUCCAAUACCACACAGGAUGACCUGUUGGCUAUGACGUCAUGGCCGACAUAUUACCAAUGUCAGUGCGCUAUGGCCGGCGUCGGAUUUUUAGCCAGCCUCGUUAUCACACCUCUUGAUCUCGCGACCCCACGCCGAGGUCACGAGUGCGCCUGGAUACUAAGGAUACGGGAUUCCAGGGUGUGCCGCGGUGGAAUGUUCUUUUUCCUGUUGUGUGUUUAUUUCCUGUAUUAUUUUGGUGAGCCUCGCCCGUUCACGGAGCUGGUCUACUGGAUGUUGAAGGAGAAAUUCAUCACCAAGCACAUACUCGGAGUCUUCUUCGCCACGGCCUGUGGGGUGCUGCUCGGUUACAUACUACUGAUUUUCUGGCCCCGCCGAAAGAAGUUUUAUAGCUCCGUCUUGUGGUUCGGCCUACUUUUCCUGCUUAUGGGCCUUAUUACCCUCCAACUUCCGGUGUUUGACGCCUCCUACACGUCAUACGUCUGCGCGUUCGCGAUCAUCUUAGCCGCUUCACAGGUGUUGUUCGAGUCCAUCCUACGCUACGUGAUUCCGAUCGCGUUUGGUCGCCAGUACAUCCGGUGGGUGGAGGGAUGCCUUGGACUGUUCGCAGGAUGUGCCACCAUCGCCAACAACUUUAUCUGUAACGCGCUACGUACGAAAUCAGGCGGAAGUGACAACGUGUUCUAUUUUGCGGGCUCUGCUUUCCUCGCAGCCGGCUGCCUAGCGGUCAUCGGCAUGCAGGGAGUUAUCUGCCUUAAGUUUAAGGACAGAAACCACGAAAAAGAAUUGGAUGAAACUCGACUGGAAAAACCACUGCCACCGGUCGGCCGCUACUUGACUUACGAACUUCGGUAAACAUCGCUCUGAAGUUGCCGUACAAUCUUACCAAUAAGGCGGAUUCAGCUGAGACUUUUGUUAGUCUGAAAAUGUAUAGACUUAUUAUUCAUGACCUCUUGUCUGCCACUUUAUGAUUCACGAUAAUUUUCGUCAGUGGUGCUUGUUGAUCUGCUAUAUUUAUAAUACAGACGCGUUUUUGAUCAUGACAUGCUCGUUCAUUUUAUCAUGACUAUUUAGUUCUACCACUGUAUGCUACGACUUAUUUUUAAACGUUGGUCCUUUAUGUCAAUGUUAAUUUGGACAUACACAUCGGUGUUAACAAGAUACACGUAUUGUCUAUUCCUUAUAAUAUUUAGGUUUAUGAACUGAUACAACUGUCUAGUGUCAUUCGCGUUUUCUUUAAUCAAACCCGUUAUUACUGCGACAUUGAGAUUGUUUAUAACCGUUGUUUAAUUGUCUGCCAAAUUAUUCCAAUUAGUGGACACGCCACACUUGUAUACACAUAUUAUAAACAGAGCUUCAAGCGUUACAAAAAUAACAUCGUAUACCCCGGUACCUAACGUAAGAUGUUGUAUAAACAUUGAUUUAAGAUCUUUUACUGGACUUCGGAAGUGUAUUGUAAACGGGUAAGAUAUGUCAUUUGUAAAAAGUCUUCGGGACGGUAUGGUCAAACAAGUGUUCUCCUAUACAUAAGGAGGCAGUACAUUGUUGACAAAAAUAUGGUUUUGUUAAAAAUAUUCGACUGUUUAGUAUAUACACUUUAGUGCUGAAAACUUACAAUUGAAUGUCAAGUUUUCAAGAUCCUUUUAGGUUACACCUAGGUGCUAAAUAAUUACAAGUGUGUGUGUUGCACAAAUCUUCAUCUGCUCAUCACUUUCAUAUACAAGUAACUGGGUUUCACUUACGUGCGUAAUACGUUCAAGUGAUUGUAUUAAAAAAAUAAUCCUCUGCUUGAACUGGUAUGUAAUUGUAUUUCUAGAACAGCACACCUCAAAAUGUUAAAAUACCAUAUGAAUUGUAUUCCGUCUUUUUUAAUUCCAGAAAUAUUUUGUAUGAUACUAGUUUCAGCUCAAAAGUAUACACUGUUAUAUUAUAUGGCAUAUUUUGUAUACCAGUAUUAUCACUGUUGUCGAAAAUGCCAUCACAUUUUCCAACUAAAACAUGUAUACAUAUACGUAAUUAUAUUUGCAUAAAAUAGUAUUAUUGUAUAACAUUAAUAUUUACAUGUACCCGUGAUAAGUAAAUAUGUAUUAAAUUAGGAAUGUAAUCAUAUAUUCCAUUGUUUUCUUGGAAUAAAACAUUUAUAUCCUG